ACAAUGUUUUGGCAGUAAAACGCCGAGAGAAGCGAGAGUUCGAGCUGCAUUCAGGCGUCCAGACUCGGGUGCGGACAUGCACGGUGGAUCUCAUCUUUUGAGCUGAAUGAACGUUGCCCUCUUGAGGAACCAACCAUGAGUAUUAUCCAGGACAAGCUCGGCAAUGAGUUUCUGCGCAAUGGCAGCAUGGACCCCAACUUCGCCAACAGCAUGAUCAUGUUCAGCCACUUGCCUCCGGUCACCAGCUUCACCCGACUCGCGUCCCAGCCAGUGGUGACGGACCUUCCGCAGGAGAUGAUCCUGAAGAAGGAGCGGGAUUCUCCGGAGCACGCCGGAAGUUUUCUUCACAGCAUGGGCAUAAAGCAGGAGAAACUCACCGAGUUCGACUAUCGCUUCCCCAUGUAUGGAACAGCUCCAGGAUCGGGAGGAGGGAAGAGUACUGAUAUGAUGGACAUUUCCAUCGGCAAUCACCAGAACAUGCUUCUGCAAGAUGUCAACCAUGGCAGUCAGCUUCCUGAUAGAAUAGGAAAAGAUUCAAAAGAUUCAAUACACAAAAAAGGAAGAAGGGCAAAUGGGGAAGGACCAGAGGGCAAACCCAGAAGGAAGAGGGGAGAUUCAACAAAGUCGAUGAUGCUGGAUGGAGAAGGUGGACCUUUGUCUCCCAGCUCCAAACCCCACAUUUGUGAACACUGCAGCGCCGCCUUCCGCAGCUCCUACCACCUACGCAGACACGUGCUCAUCCACACAGGUGAGCGACCGUUUAGGUGCAGUCAGUGUAAUAUGAGCUUCAUCCAGAAGUACCUGCUGCAAAGGCAUGAGAAGAUCCAUAGUGGAGAAAAGCCAUUUAGCUGUGACCAGUGUAACAUGCGCUUUAUUCAGAAGUACCAUAUGGAGCGACACAAGAGAACACACAGCGGAGAAAAGCCAUAUAAAUGUGAUACAUGCCAACAGUUUUUCUCUCGUACUGACCGUUUACUGAAGCACAAGAGAACCUGUGGAGAAGCCAUAAAGAAGGGUCUGGACCCGGGGAUGCUGGACCUCGACGAGGACGAGCUCGGACAAGGCAGCUACUUACACACUCAGGGAAACUCCAGCGGACCACCGCCACGCAAGAGAGGCAAGACCAAGAGCUGUGGGGAAGGUGGAGAACGCCGGAGGAAAAAGGCAGCGGGUUCAGGCGCCAGCCAAAUGAUCAGCAUGCAGGACUACCCCCUGGACAUGGCCGCCGGCUCCGAGGCGUCCUCGUCGGGGAUCGGAAACAUGGCCGACGCCAGCAUGGCAAACCAGCACGGUCGCACUCCCAAGCUCGCCUUUAAGAAAGGUGGAAGGAAGGUCGGAGACAAGAACAUGCUCUCGAUGCACGAGGCCAGUUCAAAUCUCCACGAGGACAAACUUUUGACUUCUAAAUCCAACCCCAUGGACCUGCACGGGGCAGGAGCGAUGGACGGACUGGGCCUUCUACACGGUCCGUCUGAGCCCAAGCAGGGUGGCACGAGCAGCAACUACGACGACGCCAUGCAGUUUCUGAAAAAGAGGAGGUACCUGCAUGCUGCAAACAACGAUUACGGCGCCGUCAACCUCCAUCCUCAGCAGACGGUCAUUCAGGGCAGCAUCGGAGAGCCCACUCUGGCCUUGCUGGACACGUCGCCUCUGAUCAGCAUCGACAAGCACGACAGAUCGGGCAUCCCAGACGAGGUGCUGCAGAGCCUGCUGGAUCACUACACCCACAAAGGGGAUGUCACGUUUGACCUGUCGGAUCACCACCACGUAGACAUGCACGCCGCGUCCAGCACACCAGAGCUGGGCGCAGACGACGGCUCCUCGACCGGCUCGGCCGACAAAACCGGCGUCAUGAACGAGUACUCCAAAUUCCUGCUGCAGACACUUGAGCGAACGAGCCACGGUAGUAGCGCCAGCUUCUCUUUCUUCCCGGACAAGCACAUUUAUACCACGUCCCCUCUCGAGUGUAACUUUGUCCAGUCUGUCUCGUCCCCCCACACUCCCUCGUCUUCCUCCUCCGCUCUACCAAAGUCCCACUUCAGCAUGCUGGUGGGCUCCCAUUCCCCCACCCACUCCUCACCCUCCUCUCAGCAGGCCUUUCAUCUGAGUGCCCUGGAACCCAGUGGUCACCAGCAGCUCACCCCCUCUCAAGAGCUCACAGAGCAGCUGGAAAAGUCGCACUCGCCCCCCUACUCACUCGCCACUCAGGAUCUCGCCAAUGGCGGUGCGCAGAAAGAGCAGCAGAUAAAGAACGGCGGCGCCAACGGUGGGAGCGGCGCCAGGAACGGCUCAUCCUCCGACUCCGUCUACCCCCUGUCUUCCAAUCUGGCGGCCCUUGAGACGUCCAAGGAAGUGGACAUGCGCCCCACGUACCAGAUCGAGAACUUUGCCCAGGCUUUCGGCUCCCAGUUCAAAUCAGGACGCCGGACCCCUCUGGCCUACGGCAGCGAACCACAGCAGCGGACUCCCGUGUCGGAAUUCUCAGGGUAUACUAGUCUGUUAGCUGACGUAGGCGAGCCAGCUAGCUCAGGAACCAAAACCCCCACGAGCCAAAGCUACAGGUAGAGGUUUUGGUAGCCAGCAUAACCCUGCAGUGUGGCACAAGGACUUCCCCCAAUGCUCCCGUACCCCCAGCCCCCUUUCCCUUUUUUAAAAGCUGAAUAUUAAUUAUUACACUGCCAUUAAAUGUUCAUACUUUACCAGGGAAGGUCUACACGACCUCAAAUGCAAUUUUUUGAUAUUCUUCUUUUUUUAAUAUGUAUUUUACAUUUUUUUCUGUUAGUCUAGGCGAUUUCUGUGAGUAGAGGGUAGGUAAUGGCUUGACUUUUUCAUAAACCCUGUGUUUUAGCAAUCAGGAUAGAAUUGUAAAAUAGACGAAGAUGAUUUAUAGUAAUAACUAUUGUCAGGGUGUGGCCCAGUAUUCAAUGGCAAAAAAUGUUGGCCUAUUGUCUGUUACAAUAAUAAUUAAAAGUAUUACUCAGGAAAAGCAUUUUUGAAUAAUUAGGUGCGACUAGCACUAGUUUUUCUUACUACGGUCAGUCUAUGUUUCUGUAAAAUCCUUGAGGAAAAAUCGCCCAUUUUCAGUCUUUGCAUCCAGUCACACUGGUUUCCACUACAUGUACAAAAGCAGAGAUUACGAUUAUGGUACUUGUGUAAAUGUGAAAACACUUCUAUAUUGCAAUCACUAAAGGCCGAUGGGAAGAUGCGUGCUAGCAGACUUUCGCACGGUAGCGUGAGUGCGUGUGGAAAUCUGUGUGCAUGCGUGUAUAUAUCGAUAGGUAGCGUCUCGAUAGCUACUGAAAUGAACCCUCAGGGUGUGUCGGAUAUAUGCAUACCCAACUGUUAAACCGGUCGACUGUCAUCCCUUUAUUUCUCAAGGAAUCAAAUGAGCACUUUUUACCAUUGAAGACAACAACUGUUGGAUUUUAAAUACGUACAUUUGUUUGUUUUGAGGAAAGCUGUGAGGGGCAUUUUUAAAAAAAAAAAGAAAAAGAAAAAAAAGUAUAUAGUGGGGUGGGCUUGGAUUUUACCGUGAAUGACGUGAAUGCCAUACCAAUUUUUGUGCUGUGCAGCCUUGGGUGUACGUACAAGGCCUCUGUAUUAAACAUGUAUUUAAGUAUUAAAUUCUGAUCUGUGUGAAUUGCUGCAUUCGGAUUUCUACCUCUCAAAUUUGAUGCCUGAUGGAGGAAAAAUGCAAACUUCCCUUUCAAGACCUGGCUUGGAGAAUCAGCCGAGUCGGGGACUUUUUAAAACGUUGUUGGACGUGACUUUUUUUUAUUAUUAAUAUUAUUAUUUUUUACCCAACAAAAUCAGGAACGAUGUUGUAUAAGGAAAGUUUUUGUCCACAAUUGUGAUUUUUGUAGUGCCCUCGAAUGGAGCGACGAGGCCUCUGUCUUCCGAUGUCCCAAUUUUCCUUGAACUUCUCCCGUCCCGCAUGAAUGGGACCCUGCUUUGUCCUCGAACCCUUCCCCUUCCCUGAUGUCUGAGGCCUGCUGUUCUAGCACCAGUGGGGCUGAAGGCCUGAAUGCUGCACUCCAAACUCGUCUCGUGCUAAAGAAAGAGAGAAAGAAAGAGAGGAAACUGAGAGCGGCGUAAAGAAUUAAAUUGACCUUAAUAUACCUCAUAUCACUGUACACAUGAGAACAGGGACAUGUGUUUCAUGUAGCCUAUGUAGUGGUAAUAUUGUAGUACAUCAGCCAUAUUGUAUAAUCAUUUAAUGCCACCUGUGUUUACAGUUCUAGUUCAUGUUGUUCUGUCGGAAUAUAUUAUUUUUGCCUGUCGAGCAGCCAUGCAAAGCAGUGUUUAUGUUGUCGAUUUUUUUCCAUCAGGAUUUCUCCGAUUCAUUUUGUCUUCCCUUUAUUUUUGUUCAAUGCCAUAAUGUGUUUUGAUAUGAUCUCUAGAAAGACUUUGUUUACAAUAAUGUACAAAACACUAAAAAUGUGUGUUUUUCCUAUUUUUUUAUUUUAUCUGAUGCAUGAUAUGAAGUUUUGUUUCGUUUUCUUUGUCUGGCUUUUUACUGAUCACCGCAAUUGCACCAAAUUUUUUUGUAGCAGAAAUGUCCAUCUUCAGUCUUUUUGGUGACUUUACAGGGCUGAACAUGUCAGAUGACUUUAUAUAUAAUUAGAAAAGCCAAUAAAACCUUUUGUUAUGAAA